UUUUGAAAAAAUUUCCAAGGGCAUGAUGGAGAGAGGCCACAAUAGGGACUCUGAGCAGUGCCGCGUGAAAGUCAAGGAGCUCAGACAAGCCUAUCAAAAAACAAAGGAGGCAAACGGUCGCUCCGGGUCAGAGCCGCGGACAUGCCGCUUCUACGCCGAGCUGCAUGCAAUUCUAGGGGGGGCUGCCACCACUACCCCACCUGUGAUCGUGGAUUCUGGGUCGGGGAUAGUCUCAUCAGCGACGCCUGAGGAUUCUGCCGAUGGGGGAGAGGAGGAGGAGGAGGAGGAGGAGCUUGCAGAGAGCACACAGCACUCCGUUCUCCCCAACAGCCAGGAUCUUUUUCUCACCCUGACUGAAGUACCCUCCCAAGCCAGUACCCAAGACUCUGACCCCAUGGAAGGGACCUCAGCAGCUGCAAAUUCCUCAAGCCUCCCUCCUCCAUCCCGAAGGUUAUCACAGAUAAGGCGUCGUAAGAAGAGAACGCGAGACGAGAUGUUUUCUGAAAUUAUGGAAUCCAGCCGCAGUGACAGAGCUCAUCUGAAUGAGUGGAAGGAAACAGUUUCAAAGUAUAGGAAAGAAGCCAGUGAACGUGAGGACAGGAGGGACCAACGUGAAGACAGGAGGGACGCUCGAGAUGAGAGGUGGCGGCAGGAAGACCAGAGGAGGCAGGAUGCAACGCUGGGGCUGCUGCGUGAGCAAACAGACAUGCUCCGGCGUCUGGUGGAGCUUCAGGAACGGCUGCUGGAAAACAGACUGCCGCUUCAGCCCCUGUUCCACCCUCCCCAUGUUCCGUAUCCUCCUCACCCAGACGUGUAAGAACGCGGGGGGGGGGGAGGCUCCGUACACCUUCCCAUUCCACCCCAGUAGACAGCCCAAGCAAAAGGCUGUCAUUUUUUUAACCUUUUCUUUGUGGCUUUUUCCUUCC